AUGGCCUCCUCAAAUCGCAGUCGUGUCUGGUUCGAAAUCUCCAUUGGCGGCGAUGCGUUGGGCAAGGUCGUUUUCGAGCUGUACGAUGAUAUCGUACCUAAGACCGCAAAGAACUUCCGCGCUCUAUGCACUGGCGAAGAGGGCAAGGGCAAGUCCGGCAAGCCUCUACAUUACAAGGAAUCCACCUUUCAUCGCGUCAUCAAGGGCUUCAUGAUCCAGGGAGGAGACUUCACUGCACACAACGGCACCGGCGGAGAGAGCAUCUAUGGCGAGAAGUUUGAGGACGAGAACUUUCAGAUCAAGCAUGAGAAGCCAUUCCUCCUGUCAAUGGCGAACGCUGGGCCUGCCACCAACGGUAGCCAGUUUUUCGUCACCACAGUAGCAACACCACACUUGGACGGCAAACACGUGGUGUUUGGAGAGGUGGUUUCUGGCAAGAGCAUCAUUCGGCAGGUUGAGAACACGCCGGUCACCGACGACAAACCAGACAAGGACGUUGUCAUCGAAGACUGUGGUGUCUUGCCGGCAACUGAAGACCUUGCAGAGUUCACUAAGAAGCAGCCAGACGCUACGGGCGAUGCGUACGAGGACUUUCCCGAAGACCAAAAGUCACAGGACGCGGAGUGGAAGGGGACCGAGAUCGUGGCAAUCGUGGAGGAUUUGAAGACAAUGGGAAACACAGCGUUCAAGGGAGGUGACAUUGAGCUUGGACUGAGCAAGUACCAGAAAGCCCUGCGUUAUCUCCACGAGUACCCUGUGCCACUGGACAACGAUCCACCGGAGUUGGGAGCACAGCUUUCCAAGCUCAAGUUCUCGCUCCACUCCAACAGCUCGUUACUGCAGUUCAAAUUGAACCGCUUCGAGGCGUCGUAUCAAUCGGCGGAGAAGGCGAUUGUUGUGGAGGGCAUCUCGGACGCGGACAAGGGCAAGGCGUUGUUCCGUAAGGGCGCAGCUUUGAAGGGAUCGAAGGAUGAGGAGGGUGCGUUGCAGUGUCUGGAGGAGGCGGCUAAGCUUGUGCCAAACGACGCUGGAGUCAAGAACGAGCUCGCCGCGGUGAAGAAGGCUGCGGCUGAGCGCAAGUUGAAGGAGCGAAAGGCAUACUCCAAGGCCUUUGUUUGA